UCCGGGUACGAAAUAAAUUCCGGUCCGCGGACAAACCUGGCCAGUUGAUGUUUUAGAUCUCUUCAACAAGGCCGCGUUUUCUACCCUCUUCUUGGUUCUCCUUUUACUACUGCGGGUGGACAGAAUGGAUCACCGUUGGGCCUGUUUGACCCUUUUCCUGGUGUUACUGGCGGACACGGCGAGAGGCCAAGGUUGUGGACUAUCAGCGUUUCGCCACGUCCCCGAAACUCAUUGUCGGGGAGAUGAACUUGUAGUAGACGAACCCCAAGUUGGUUCUGUCGAGGCCUGUGCUCAAGCGUGCUGUGACAACCCUGCCUGCAAAUCAUUCCAGUACAGCACAUACGGCGACUGCUAUCUGAUAAGCAAGAUCUGUACUGAUGAGGAGAAAGAGACUGUAUCUAUUGGCAACAUGUACGAUCGGAUUCAAGGAGAAGCAAGACCACAAGCAUCAGCAGGUUGUGGACUAUCAGCGUUUCGCCACGUCCCCGGAACUCAUUGUCGGGGAGAUGAACUUGUAGUAGACAGACCCCAAGUUGGUUCUGUCGAGGCCUGUGCUCAAGCGUGCUGUGACAACCCUGCCUGCAAAUCAUUCCAGUUCAGCAGUUACAGCGACUGCCAUCUGAUAAGCAAGAUCUGUACUGAUGAGGAGAAAGAGACUGUACCUAUUGGCAACAUGUACGAUCGGAUUCAAGGUUGUGGACUAUCAGCGUUUCGCCACGUCCCCGGAACUCAUUGUCGGGGAGAUGAACUUGUAGUAGACAGAUCCCAAGUUGGUUCUGUCGAGGCCUGUGCUCAAGCGUGCUGUGACAACCCUGCCUGCAAAUCAUUCCAGUUCAGCAGUUACAGCGAGUGCCAUCUGAUAAACAAGAUCUGUACUGAUGAGGAGAAAAUAUCUGUGACCGCUGGCAACAUGUACGAUCGGAUUCAAGGGGCAAUCUCGGCACAGAGCUACAAAGGCUGCUACAAGAGGAAAUGGGGAACUUUCAGGACUCGGGACAGCAGCGACGACAUGACCAACGAGAAAUGCGUCGAGAUCUGCGCAAAGGAGGGCUUACCAUAUGCAGGAACGUACGAGACUAAAUGCGGCUGUGGGAGGGAGUCGGAGCUGACAAGACUGGGAGACCCGACUGACGAGUCCGAGUGUGCCUCCACCUGUGGGGGUGACGUCACGCAGAAAUGUGGACAGGGGAACGGGUUACUCACUGUGUGGGCCACUGGCAAAGGAAAACGCGAGAUGAAGGAGGAUGUGAAAGAGGACACGAGGGAGGCACAGAGCUACAAAGGCUGCUACAAGAGGAAAUGGGGAACUUUCAGGACUCGGGACAGUAGCGACGACAUGACCAACGAGAAAUGCGUCGAGAUCUGCGCAAAGGAGGGCCUACCAUAUGCAGGAACGUACGAGACUAAAUGCGGCUGUGGGAGGGAGUCGGAGCUGACAAGACUGGGAGACCCGACUGACGAGUCCGAGUGUGCCUCCACCUGUGGGGGUGACGUCACGCAGAAAUGUGGACAGGGGAACGGGUUACUCACUGUGUGGGCCACUGGCAAAGAGAAGCGCGAGAUGAACGAGGCAGAGGAUGUGACUGAGGACACAAGGGGGCUUGAAGCACAGAGCUACAAAGGCUGCUAUAAGAGGAAAUGGGGAACUUUCAGGACUCGGGACAGCAGCGACGACAUGACCAACGAGAAAUGCGUCGAGAUCUGCGCUAAGGAGGGCUUACCAUAUGCAGGAACGUACGAGACUAAAUGCGGCUGUGGGAGGGAGUCGGAGCUGACAAGACUGGGAGACCCGACUGACGAGUCCGAGUGUGCCUCCACCUGUGGGGGUGACGUCACGCAGAAAUGUGGAAAGGGAAACGGGUUACUCACUGUGUGGGCCACUGGCAAAGAGAAGCGCGAGAUGAAGGAGGAGGAGGAUGUGAAAGAGGACACGAGGGAGGCGCAGAGCUACAAAGGUUGCUACAAGAGGAAAUGGGGAACUUUCAGGACUCGGGACAGCAGCGACGACAUGACCAACGAGAAAUGCGUCGAGAUCUGCGCAAAGGAGGGCUUACCAUAUGCAGGAACGUACGAGACUAAAUGCGGCUGUGGGAGGGAGUCGGAGCUGACAAGACUGGGAGACCCGACUGACGAGUCCGAGUGUGCCUCCACUUGUGGGGGUGACGUCACGCAGAAAUGUGGACAGGGGAACGGGUUGCUCACUGUGUGGGCCACUGGCAAAGGAAAACGCGAGAUGAAGGAGGAUGUGAAAGAGGACACGAGGGAGGCACAGAGCUACAAAGGCUGCUACAAGAGGAAAUGGGGAACUUUCAGGACUCGGGACACCAGCGACGACAUGACCAACGAGAAAUGCGUCGAGAUCUGCGCAAAGGAGGGCCUACCAUAUGCAGGUAACGGUCCCAGGAUCUAA